AUGGGUUUGAGUUCGAGGCCGAUCGUCGUCGACGGCAAGGAUCACCUACUCGGCAGGCUGGCCUCCAUCGUCGCCAAGCAACUCCUUCUCGGCCAGAAGGUAGUUAUCGUCAGAUCUGAGGAGAUCGCCAUUUCUGGGAACUUCCACCGAUCAAAGCUGAAGUACCUCUCCUUCCUCCGCAAGCGGCUCAACGUCAACCCGAAGCGCGGCCCUUACCAUUACAGGGCCCCAUCGAAGAUCUUCUGGCGCACAGUGCGCGGUAUGCUGCCCCACAAGACGAUUCGCGGAAAGCUCGCCCUGCUUCGCCUGAAAUCUUUUGAAGGAUGCCCUGGCGUCUACGAUAAGACGAAGAAGCUCGUCGUCCCCUCCGCGAUGCGACAUAUUGCGCUGAAGCCGCGCCGCAAGUUCUGCACAGUUGGCCGUCUCGCGCACGAGGUCGGAUGGCAAUACCAGGAUGUUGUUGCAAAGCUCGAGGCAAAAAGGAAGGUUAAAGGCGCUGCCUAUCACGUUGAGAAGCAGAAGCUCAAAAAAUUGCAAGAACAGGCUCGUAAAAAUGCCGAGAAGAAGAUCACUCAGUACCAGAAGAUCAUCGAGGCUUACGGAGGACGC